AUGGAUCCCUUGCCUGUAUACAACCAGAUUAACCGUCGGAGUGACCGCCCUCCAGGUUAUGUUGACAACGAGCGAGAGGAACGCCGCCCAAAGGAAGAUCCUCGACCACGCGUGAUCUCAUUCCCCGUCGAACUGGAACUCAACUAUCGCACAAGAGGCCAUUGGGGCGCCCUGGCAGAACGCCACAGCGAGCGCGCCAACCUCGACUUCACGACCUCCUUCGAGGACAUCCAGCAACAGCUCCGUAGCAAGCACCUUCAGCAUACUCCAUCAUCAGCUCAGAACCGGAGCUUUACCUGGACCACUUGGCUCAAGUACGCGAAUGGACAGCGUCGCCAAGUUCGCGAAGACAACUGGGACUAUGUGCUUGGAGAGAUCAUGGCGUUGGGAUCCGCCCGGGAAGGUCGUGACCCUCGGCGGGGCGACUUUCCGACGGCGCUCGUGACACAGUCGAAUAAGAUGAGCGAGGAGAUCUGGGAGCAGUUGCGGCAUGGUAUAGCGAGGGAUGAGGGGCGAUGGGGAGUGGAAGGCUGGAAGGGGUACAUGCUGCUGCGCGGGUACUGGUUCAAAGAUCUCCGCCAUCAGCAGAACCGGAAAGAUCGCCAGGAGCGCAAGGAAGGCCAGCAGCGUAAAGACAGUCUGGGAACGACCUCUGCAAGUCGUGGGCUUGCCCCGUAUGGUCUGAAAAGAAUAGGCGUCCAAAAAGUUGAGGACGAAAGAUCUGUAGCUUUUCUCACAGUACACACGAGUCUCUGA